UGGAAUUAGCUUUAAUUGCAAACACAGGACAAAGAAUAGUGGCACAAUGCGUAGAAAAGUGAUCGUUCUUGGAUUUUUACUAUUCCAAAUUUUGUAUCAGAUAUCUGGAGAAAAAUUGUCUGAUUAUUAUACUGCAGCUGUGGUAGAAUAUUCACCCAUUUAUAUUAAAAAUGAUGUAAAAUUGACUUAUGAGAAGAAUACAGAUGAAUACAUCAAUUACAUAGAACGAGCAAGUAAACAGAAUGCCGACAUCAUUGUUUUUCCGGAAGAUGGAUUGGCAUCGUUCAGCAUGCCUAUUUUUCACGAAUACAAUGACUGGACAACAGUGGUUCCUUCUUCACAGGAGAAUUAUAUACCUUGUACAGAAUCCAGAAUCAACGGCAUCAUCGAAGCAGUAAAAAGAUUGUCAUGCGCUGCGAGAGAUAAUCGUAUAUACGUAGUGAUAAACGUUGGCGAGAAACGAUUCGAUGAAAAGGACGGCACAUGGCAUUAUCAUAAUACCAAUAUUGUGUUCGAUCGAAUUGGAAAAAUUAUUGCCAGAUAUCGUAAAGUGCACCUUGCUCUGGAAGGAAAAUACGAAAGUUCGGUGCCACCUGAUCUCGUUACUUUUGACACUGAUUUUGGAGUAAGAUUCGGUGUCAUUACAUGUUUCGAUAUGCUAUUUGAGGAACCUGCCUUAAAUUUGACGAGAAUAGAAGGUAUUUCAAAUAUUGUGUAUCCUACUGCCUGGUUAUCGGAAGUGCCAUUUAUAACCGCUAUUCAAAUUCAUUCUGGAUGGGCUUAUGGCGAGAAUGUAAAUGUAUUAUCAGCUGGAUACAAUAAACCCGAAUUUGGAAGCGUAGGAAGUGGUAUUUAUUUAGGUCGCAAUGGAAUAAUCAACGUGACCAUGUCUACAAAUCCGAAGGAGCGGCUUUUAGUCUCUCGAGUGCCAAAAACGCCUAAAAAAAUCGAAACACGAGAGAAAUACAUUACAAGUCAAUUUUACUCGAAAAGAAAUCUGCAUACAUCGGACAUCGAUUCGAUAAAGUUAAAGCACGAUCAUGUUACAUGGUUUAAUUCUACUCUGGUUAAUAAUUCCAUGAAUGAAACUAUCUGUUACGGUAACUUUUGUUGCGACUUUCUGAUUCGUACAAACACUAUCGAUCCGUCCACUUAUUAUCACGCAGUUGUGUACAAUGGUAUUCACGUGUUCGAGAAGAUAUUGGAAGCUGGUGUCCGCCUAUGCGCCGUGAUCCAAUGUUCCAACGAAACGCUUCGUUCUUGCACUUCUGUCUAUCCGUCCGAUACUACGUUUUCGACUUUGAAGAUAACGGCGAGAUUCGACGAUUACUCGAAGAUUGUAGUAACACCGACUGUGAUCGAUUCUUCUCUUAUUCCCUUCCAACAUUGGUCGUAUGAUGAACAGAUGCGUGGAGAAGAAACGACUGUUACAAUUGCUUUGGAAGAGGAGAUGAAAAAUGUGAUUAAUUUUGGCAUAUAUUCCAGGAAUUUUCAAAGAGAUAAAUAUUAUAAGUAAUUUUAAGAAUCGAUGGAAUUCCAUAAAAUUAUUUACUUUUUUGUGAAAAUAAAAUUUUA